UGUAUUAUUAUUAAAAAAUGGCGGCAAACGUAAUGGGCGGGAAUUGCAGUGAUCGUUAAUUGCGCACGUCUUUGCGAUAGUCUUUUCUUACAAAAUAAUAAUUCAUUUGUGAUAUAAUUAAUUAAAAAUGAAGAAAUCUCAGAAUUUAUCUCAGAAAAAGGUCUCGAAGAAUCUAAUUGCAAAUAAUUCACAAACAAAAAUUAAUUCAUUUUUCUCAACUAAUCGUGAAUCUAAUGAAAGUAAAAAUAUUCAAAAUGAGGAUGUAAUUCUAGAGGUUGAAAUUAAAAACAAUGCCUCUAGUGACAAUAUUAUUAAGAAACGAAAGAGAUGUGACAGUUUAGAUUCAGAAUCUAAUUCAAAAAUGAAAAGUAUUUGUUUUAAUGAUAUCGAUCAAUCUUUCUUUAAUGAUAGUCUUAAAAUCAUAAAUGCGAACAAAGAAAAAACUAUAAUGUCUAAGGAAUGUAGUAAUAAUUCAGUGAAUAUAUCUAACGUCAAAACAACAAAUGUAUUAAGUAAUUCAUUAAAUGAAUCUGAAUGUAUUAUGAAUGAUAUAAUUGUCAUUAAUAACGAAGAUACUAUUUUAAAUAAUUGUCGUACUAUAAAAGAAAACAAUCAGAAAGAAUCUCAAUUUAAUAGAAAUUGUAUCGAUAUAACAGAAUCAACUAAUAUUUUCAAUGACAUAAAUGAUUGUGAUGAAAUAAAUGCAGAAGAUUUUGAUGAAAUAUUUGAAUGCGAUUGGAAUAUAGAUUCACAAAUAAAUUUAAAUUCGUUUCAACGAUGUGACAUUAUUGAUUUGCAAAAGAAUCCAAAAUUUAUGAUCCUAAAAGUACAACAUACAAGUUUAAAAACUUUUGCAACAGUAACAUGUUCAGGAUUUUGGAAAGAUAUUCAGAUUAAAGAAGGCGAUGUUGUAAUGAUACAAGCCAAAAAAGAUUCACAAAAUUGGAUUGUGGAUAAUGAUCAUGGUUAUAUUGUUAUACAACCUGACACAUUAAUUUCUAGUACAACUAUUGUAGGAGCAUUACAUUGUAACAGACGAGCAGUAUUAAGUGAAAUAUUUAAAAAAAUAGAAUCAUUACCUCAUUUAAUGUCUAGUCAAACAGCAUUAACAAUUGGAAGAAUAGUUCAUAGACUUUUACAAAAGUGUUUAAUUGAAAAUAUUUAUAAAUUGUCUGAUAUUAUGAAGAUGGCAGAAAAUGAAUUACAGUCAAAAGAUAUAAUACAUAUCCUUUACAGUUCUCAAUCUUCAUUUGAAAAAUUUAAAGAAGAGAUAUUUUCAUAUGUACCAAAAAUAUCUGAAUUUAUUCAACAUUAUGUUCAUGGUACAAAGCAAGAAGCAAUAAGUAAUGAAAAGAAUAAUUUUAAAGGUAAAAUUUCUGAGAUAUAUGAUAUUGAAGAAAAUAUUUGGUUACCUAAACUUGGGAUUAAGGGAAAAGUUGAUAUAACGGUCGAAGUCAAAAUUAAUUCCCAAAAGAAAGUGAUGCCUAUUGAAAUAAAAACAGGAAGACCAUCUUUCUCUCUAGAACAUAGAGGUCAAGUUAUUUUAUAUAUUAUGAUGAUGGCUCUUACUGGACAAAACACAGAAAGUGGAUUGUUAUUAUAUCUUAGAGAUAACAAUAUACGUGAAAUUAAUUGUGGUCGUGCUGAAAAAAGAGAUUUAAUUUUAUUAAGAAAUACUCUAGCUGAUUAUUUCACUAAAACAAAAAACAUGAUCUUUCCAUCUGACUUAAAGGAUGAAUUGAAAACUAUGCCAUUGCCAGAGCCUAUAAAUUAUUAUAAUAGUUGUCUUAAAUGUCCUUAUAAAAAUUUAUGCUGUGCAUAUUUGAAAAAGGACGAUACCUUAGAAUUGCCCGAGUCUCAUGGACUAGUUAAACUCAGUAAAGAAAUUUUAAAUGAAUUUGAAAAUAAUCAUAUAGAUUUUAUUUUAAAAUGGGUAUCUCUUUUACAAAUGGAAGAGAGCAUACGAACCGAACAAUAUAUUAUGAAAGACAUAUGGACUCUAAAACCAGAGAAAAGAGAAAUGAAAGGAAAAUGUAUUAGCAAUUUAAAAGUAAUUGGGAAAGUUACAGAACAAUAUGACAAAUAUAAGCAUUUGUUUGUACGCACAAAUGAACAAGCUAUAAGUAUUAAAAAUAUUUGCACAGAAUUUGUACAAAAUGAAUACGUUAUUGUAAGUACAGAUACACGAAUAAAUAUAUCAUCUGGUUUUAUAAUACAGAUAAAGAAAGAUUCAAUUACUGUUCUUUUGAAUAAUGAUAUUACAAAACGUAAUGCAAUUGGAAACUUUCAUAUUGAUAAAUAUGCUAACACAAAUUUAUCAUCAACCUUAUUUGCAAAUAUUGGAGGCUUAUUAUAUGAUAAUGAAGUAUGCAAAAGAUUAAGAAAUAUUAUUAUAGAUAGGAAACCAGCAACAUUUCUUGCACAAUUAUCACGUUCAAUUAUAUUUAAAGUUGCAACAAUAUUGCAGCAUUUAAAUGAAGUUCAACAAAGAGCAAUUCUUAAGUGCUUGGCUGCCAAUGAAUAUGUUUUAAUAAAAGGCAUGCCAGGAACAGGAAAAACAGAGACAAUUGUAACAUUGAUAGAAGUCCUAUUUAAAUUGGGCCUUUCAAUAAUAGUAACAUCGCACACUAAUAGCGCAGUAGAUAAUAUUCUUUUGAAAUUAUUACAUAAAAAUAUUGAUUUUAUACGAUUAGGAUCAUCGUGUGUGAUACAUCCAUUAUUAAAAAAUAAAAGUGAAGAAUAUUUAACAUCAGAUUGUACGUCGCUCGAGGAAUUAGAAUCAGUAUAUGCAAAUAAGAAGAUUGUAGGAGUUACUUGUUUUGGAGCUCAUCAUAUAGUCUUUGAAAAAAGGACAUUCGAUGUAUGUAUCGUUGAUGAAAGUACUCAAGUAACGCAACCAGCAAUUUUAGGUCCAUUAUACAAUGCAAAUAAGUUUAUUCUGGUAGGAGAUCCCAAUCAAUUACCUCCUGUUAUUAAAAACAAAACAGCUAGAAAUCUCGGUGCAGCAGAGUCUCUGUUUGAGAGAUUAGAUUCAAAAAAUAAUACUGUUGCUUUAACCGUACAAUAUAGAAUGAACAAAAGUAUUAUGGAUUUGAUUAAUAGAUUAACAUAUAAUGGUGAAUUAAAGGCAGGCAAUGAAUCAAUAGAAAAUGCAACGUUUAUAUCAUCAAAUACGAGUAUAUCAUCGUCGAAUGAGAGAUGGGUAAGAGCAGUAUUAUCUCCUGCAUUAAAUGAUUCUGUAAUUAUAUUGGAUACGGGUUGUACUCAAGAUAUGACUAUAGAUUUUAUCCAUAAAAAAGAAAAUAUUACAACCGAUCAAGUGUGUUCUAAUAUUUGGGAAGCGGCUUUAAUUUUAUAUCUACUUAAGGCUCUAUUUCAGAUCGGCAUAAGCUCGGAACAAAUUGGUAUUAUUGCGGCAUAUAAAGCGCAAGUUGUUUUAAUAAAAAAUCUGAUAAAUUCAGAAAUAGAAGUAAAUACUGUGGAUCAAUAUCAAGGACGUGAUAAGAGUAUUAUUUUCUAUUCAUGUGCAAAAAGUAUCAAAAAGAAAUUUGACGAAUUGCAGGAUACUGGGAUAUUAGAAGAUCAAAGACGUUUAACCGUAGCUAUUACACGCGCAAAACAUAAAUUAAUUAUUAUAGCAGAUAGAAACACAAUAAGCCGAUAUAAACCAUUUAUACAACUUUUUAAUAUAGUCCAAGUAAAGAACAUAAUCAAUGUCAAUGAUUCUUCUUAUGACUUUACUUGGGAAUCAAUCAUCAAAUCAUUGAAGAAGGAUAUGUGUUGAUGAACAAUUGAACGAAUGGAAUAUUAUUAUAUUUAAUAAGUAAUCGCAUGAUUAAUAUGGAAUGUUAUAAAAAUAAUAUUAAUAUUUUUUUUUUUUUUUUAUACCAUAGAUUAUUUUUAUAUUUUAACCUGCAAAGAUUG